AUGGCAUCAUAUCAAGAAUCAUGUGACAUCUGCGUCACGGGUCAUCCACCAUCCAUAGCUGUCACAUGGUGCCAUGAAUGUGUAGAGAAACUCUGCGAUAAAUGUUCCCAUCGUCAUCGUGUGUCAUCAGUAACAAGCACACACAGUAUUAUCACUAUGAUGGACUAUGAUAAGCUCCCAGAUAUAAUUCGUACAACUAAACUGUCCUGCAAGGAACAAAAUGAAAAAUUAAAAAUGUAUUGCUGUGAUCACGAACUUCCGUUGUGUCGAAAAUGUAUCCUUACCACUCACAGAAAUUGCGAAAACACUGCUAUACUAACUGACGCUGCUAAAAAUGUAAAAGCAUCAACAGCAAUGUACUUGUUAUCGAGGGGCUUGAAGGAUGUUACAAACAAUCUAUCAAAAGCUGCAAUUGAUCGAGAGCAUAAUCUGACAAACAUUAGUGCUGAAGAAGAUAGAAUAAAGCAAAAUAUGUCAUUGAAUAGAGAUCGGGCAAACAUUUCUAAUGAAGUAGCAUUAAUUUCCAAAAAAUAUAAAAUGGAAUUAAAAGAAAUUAUUAUCGAAUUGCAGAAAAGAGAAGUCAAAAUGCUAGAUUUAGGAAAGGGUAUCACAUAUAUCAACAACUAUGCGACUGACAUUCACGCGUUUGUGUGCAUGCUAGAAAUGAAGGAAAUUGUACACGAAGAAGAGACAUAUCUAAAUAGCAUUUACAGCGAAGGUACAUUGGAUAAUAUCAAUAUUUCUCUCUCAAGCAGUAGGGACAAAAACACAUUUGCUGAGAAAGAAAUAAUCGUUAGGAAAUCAGCAACUCUGGUAAAAAUUGCAAAAGAAGAAGACACACAGGGACAGAUAAUCAUGCAACGUGCAUCGGCUUAUGAUAAUAUCAAACUUGAAAUGACAGACUUAUACAUCAUAGAAAGAAAAGGGGAAACCACUGGGUGUUGCGUUCUUCCUGGUGGGAAGAUAGUUUUGGCUGAUAGUUCCGGAGAACUUAUCAUUCAAGAGGUCAAUGGUUUGUCGGUUACCAUACCUACAAACAGAGGUAUAUUUGAUGUUUGCGCUAUCGAUGUAAAUACAGUUGCCUACACCAACGGAAUGUCUUGCUCUCUUCAUAUAAUUGAUUUAAAAAAGAAUACAGUAAUUAAAAGUACUGGUACGACAAAUGCUUGCUGUGGAAUAACCUAUCGCGACGGAAAAAUCAUAUUCUGCGUGAAAGGUGAUGGUAUUUUUACAACGAACCGGAAACUGAGUAAUCCUAAAUGUAUAUUCGAAGACAAAUUACCAUGGGGGUCAUACGUCACAACUUUUGAGGACAAUAUAUUUUUUACAAACAGUAAGGAAAGAACUGUUGCUGCAAUUAAUUCCGAUUAUCAAAUAAUAUGGAAGUUACCUUUCGAAGAAUAUAAACCUUUUGGUAUUGUAGUAGAUCGCAAGGGAAAUGUAUACGUUACAGGACAUAUAUUUCUGAUUGUUAUUGCCAGUGAUGGAAACAGAAGCAAAAGGCUAGAAGGUCGAAAUGAUGGAUUAUAUCAGCCAUGGCCUUUAGCCUAUGACGAGGAAAAUAACUGCAUUGUUGUUGCAAAUCUUACACAAGGUCCCGUUCUUGUUUACAGUAUAAUCUAA